AUGGGCCCUCAGCCGCCGGCGACCCACCAACCAGCCGAGAAGCCCAGUGUCGCGGCCGAGUCACACCAUGACCAACCCUCAGUUUCGGCGGAGGCAGAUCCAGAGCAGAAACAAGAGACGCCGGUCCAGGUGGCGGACCUUUCUCGAUCGCGGCCUCGACGAUUCCUGGCACAACCCGUCGAGACUACCUCGCGGAAAGUUGCAGCGAAGCCUGUGAAACAAGAUGACCAGCGGCCAUCGCAGACAGGAAGGACUCUAGGAAAGAGAACACUACCUCAGGCACCCGCAAUGCCAGAGAUCGGACAAGCCUAUCCGGAACCACCCGGCUCCAGCAAACCGAGACGAUUCAAGCCGGAGCUUCUUGAAAGUGAUUACCGGUCGGUCAAGGGAGAAAGAACAAGUCCUGAGAAACGAGAACAUGUCACUCUCUUUCCGCCCGAGUCUUGGGACGAGCCUCCCUCGAAGUCGACGAGCCAUGUUGCUCGUCUGACCCCGCAACGAAGCGCUUCGCUUGAUCUCCAGGAGUCUCGAUUCUCAUAUGCAAAUCUCCUCCGCCGGCAAGAGACCCGACGGCAUUCGUUUAGGAUUCCCGAUCUCCCGUCGAUCCCAUCCAGUGGCAGUGAUACAUCCGACUCCUCUCCUCAGACCCCGUCUCCUUCCGCGUCACCCACCGACACGUCAUCGGAUCCCGCUAUAUCUCAACCGAGGGAGAAGACGAGAAAAAAUCCCCAUGCGGGCGAGUUUUCGGGGUAUCUCUUGUCACUCGCGGCGCGAGAAGCCCAGGAAGAGCUGAAGGAGCAGGCUCUUGCUGCCUUCCCCAACGAGCAGGACUACCAACCGGUGGACCAUUUUGCUAUCGAUGAGGAAGGCAGGGAAUCGCCAGACGAUCGAUAUUUGAUCUAUCCCCAGCCACAUCAUAUCAAAUCUCGCCGACAGUCGUCAGCAGAUCUCUCAUGGGAGCUGGAGUAUAUGCGUCAGCACAAGGAGGAAGCGGAGCAGCGGCUGCGGGUGAUGGUCUCAACAAAGAACAAGGGUUAUUCUCUGACCCGCCAUCAUGCGGCCAGCAAGAAACUGGGUCCAAGUCCACCGAUGCUGGGCACGGAUAUCGUGCUGCCGCAGAGCGAGUCACCCGAGGGCACCUUGAGCGAAGAUCCAUCCCCAGAGAGUGUUGCUCAGGGACAAAAGGGUCCCUGUAACGGCUGUGGUGGUUUGUGGUGUGCAGGACCUCAACGUGAAAAUGGGCGUGGCACCGGUCUGUGGAUGGGCACCUGUCACAAGGAGGAAGGUCAUACGCACGAACCCCACGUCAUGCCGGGGAUCACCACUCCCAUGCUUCAGUGCGAGGAAUUCAACUUCAUGCCCGCAACUCCACCGGAGCCCCAACCCGAGUCGCGAGAGCAGAUCAGCCGGAGCCACAAAGGUUCGAGGCCCGCUCUGUCGAGGAAGAAGACAGAGGCCGAGUUCAACGAUAGCUUUGUUACACAAAUCUACAACUACCUCUCCUUGGGCUACCCCUGUGUUGCUCGGUAUUACGAUCAUGAACUGAGCAAGAUAUCGGGAAUUUCGGUCGAAGAGCUCCGACGGGAUGAUAUCUCCACCGAUGCUCGGGGAUAUGUUAUGGCACCAGAAGAGGGUCAAAAUGCGAACGUCGCUUGUGUGCGGUGGAAAGCUCUUCGUUUAUAUAUUCACGAGUGGGCUCGCCAACAGCCAAGCAUGGCCGAAGAUGAAACAGACUUCGAAGCCUGGGGAGUUCGAGAACGAAGAGGAAGUUGGGCCAUUUGA